AUGCCGCCCAAGAUUGAGGACGCCGUCCCGUCGGAUCAAGCCGACGUUGAAAAGAAUGUCGUCAAAGAGGACGCCCACGAGGAUGGCUUCGCCGCCGCCUCCUCCAAGCCGCCCAGUGCCGAGGAGCAGCGCCUCGUCCGCCGGCAAGACCUGCGCAUCGUGCCGCUCUGCGCCGGCAUCUACUUUCUGUGCUUCCUGGACCGCGCCAACAUUGGCAACGCAAAGGUGCUCAACUCGUCGACGGGCGACGACAUGCAGCACUCGGCCCGCAUGACCGACUACCAAUUCGUCAUUGCGCUCAUGGUCUUUCUCGUCGCCUACGCCGUCUUUGAGGUGCCCAGCAACAUCUUGCUCAAGAAGCUCCAGCCGAGCAGGUGGCUCGCCUUUCUCAUGUUUUGCUGGGGCGCCAUGACCAUGUGUCUGGGCGCCGCGCGCAGCUUUGGCGCCGUCACGGCCGUGCGCUUCCUGCUGGGCAUGUUUGAGGCGGGACUGUUUCCGGGCUUGAUUUAUUACCUGACGUUUUGGUACAGGCACAAUGAACGAAGUGUGCGAGUUGCUUUUAUUCUCGCGUCCGCCACGCUCGCAGGUGCCUUUGGGGGCGCCAUCGCUUACGGCAUCGGCCACAUGAACCAGACGGCCGGCAUCGCCGGCUGGCGCUGGCUCUUCAUCAUCGAGGGCAUCCCCUCGGUACUCUCCUCAUUGCUGGUGCUCCUCUUCCUGCCAGACUACCCAGAGACGGCCGGCUGGCUGACCGACGAGGAGCGCGCGCUAGCCGUCGCGCGCCUGCAGCACGAGGGCAGCAAGGGCCACGACCGGAGCAUGACCUGGCAAGACGCCAAGGCCACCCUGACCGACUGGCGCCUGUACGCGCACUACGCCAUCUACUUUGCCAUUAGCCCGCCCUUUGCGAGCCUGAGCCUGUUUACGCCGUCGAUUACGCUGGGUCUGGGCUACCGCGACCUGACGGCCCAGCUGAUGACGGUGCCGCCGUGGGCUGUUGCGUAUGUGUGUCAAAUCCUGGUGGCGCUCUCAGCCGACCGCUUCAACGCGCGCGGUUACCACGCCGCAGGCGCCGCCCUCGUCGGCGCUGCUGGCUUCAUCCUCUCGGCCUCGCUGCCCCCCGACGCAUUCAAGUCCCGCUACGGCGGCCUCAUCAUGGCCACGGCCGGCGCUUUCGCGUGCAUCCCGCCGCUCCUCGGCUGGCUGACGUCCAACGUGGUGAGCACCGCGGCCGUCGGCCUGGCCAUUGCCCUCAACGUCAGCAUCGGCGGCGGUCUGGGCCAGAUCCCGGGCGUGUGGAUCUACAAGGCCGACGAGAAAGCAAGGGGCUACCCGACGGGCCACUGGACCAAUGCGGGCUUCUUGCUCUUUGUCGUGGCCGUGUCGCUGGGCUUGCGCGUCUUUUACGCGCGCAAGAACAGGCAGCUCGCGGCCGAGGCGGACCGACGCGGCGUGCAGGCGCGGCUCUACAAGCUCUAG